AUGACUUUUACAAGAUUCUUUUAUGAUGCUUGCAUCUCAAUUAAUGCUGUAAAUUCAAUUUAUCUUCAACCUUUGGUGGAUGCUAUAUCUGCAAUUGGGCCUGAGUAUAAACACCCAAAUUAUCAUGGUUUACGUGUCAAUUUGUUAAGAGAUGCUAAGAAGGAAGUGCAACUUCUUGUUGAUAGUUACAGAAAGAUUUGGGAAAAUGUUGGAUGUACCUUAAUGAUUGAUGGUUGGAUUGAUAAUUCACAUAGGUCAUCGAUCAAUUUUAUGGUGUAUUUUCCUAAGGGAGUUUGUUUUGUGAAAUCAAUUGAUGCUUCAGAUGUUGUGAAGGAUGCUGGGGCAUUGUUGAAGAUGUUUGAGGAGGUAGAUUUAUGGAUUGGGCCAAAUAGUAUUGUCCAUUUUGUCUCAGACAAUGGAUCCAAUUAUAAAGUUGUUGGAAGAAUGUUGUCUGAGAAAUAUCCGAGUAUUACUUGGUCACCCUGGGCUGCACAAAGCAUAAAUUUGGUGUUAAAAGACAUAGCUGAGAUGGAUCACAUAGUUUAUCUUGCGAGACAUGCUUCUGAGGUGACGAAAUUUAUAUAUAAUCAUACAUUCUUGAUAGCUUGGUUGAGGAAAAGACAGGGUUGGAAAGAAAUUGUUCGUCCGGACGCAACCCGUUUUGCUACAACUUUCAUUACAAUGAGAAGCCUUCAUGAGCACAAACAUGACUUGCAAGCCAUGGUGACAGAUAGAUCAUUUGUUGAUUCUCGAUAUGCAAAAAGUAAUAAAGACAAACAUGUUAUUGACAUAAUUCUAGAUAACGAUUUUGGGGAUGAUAUGGGUAAGAUAUCCAAAGUUGUGAGUCCAUUGAUGCGCUUGUUGCGGAUUGUUGACUCAGAUGAGAAGCCAACAAUAGGAUAUGUGUAUGAUGGCAUGAGGUGUUACAAGAGAAUAAGUUUUGAUCCUAUUGAUUAUGAAAGUAUCAACAAAACUGAAGAAUACGAGCAAGAGGUGCAUUUUGUGAGGAAUGUCAUAAGGGCAAGUGAAUAUUGUAAUUUUAAAACAAGCAAGAGGGUACAUUUUGCGAGGAAUGUCAUAAGGGAAGUUGCGGGUUUUGCUCCCUAUGAGAAGAGGAUCACUGAGCUUCUGAAGGUAGGAAAAGAUAAGCGUGCACUUAAGGUGGCUAAGAGAAAGUUGGGCACCCACAAGAGAGUGAAGAAGAAGAGAGAGGAGAUGUCCAAUGUUCUCCGCAAAAUGAGGUGA